AUGAUUGCGAGAGCUGCUGCUGCCAGAAGAGCAUUCCACUCUUCCACUAGAAACAAUGAGAAAGUGCUGAAUAAGUACUCAAAGAUCAUCACGCAACCAAAGGACCAAGGAGCUUCGCAAGCGAUGCUCUAUGCGACCGGGUUCAAGAAGGACGACUUCAACAAAGGGCAAGUCGGUGUCGGGUCCGUGUGGUGGUCCGGUAACCCGUGUAACAUGCACUUGCUCGAGUUGAACUUUAGAUGUUCACAGUCUGUCAACGAGGCUGGGCUGAAGGCGAUGCAGUUCAACUCCAUUGGUGUCUCUGAUGGUAUCUCCAUGGGUACCGAUGGUAUGCGUUACUCCCUGCAGUCCCGUGAGAUCAUUGCGGACUCUUUUGAAACAAUCAUGUUGGCUCAGCACUACGAUGCUAACAUCUCCAUCCCAUCCUGUGACAAGAACAUGCCUGGUGUCUUGAUGGCCAUGGGCAGACACAACAGACCUUCCAUCAUGGUGUACGGUGGUUCUAUCUUGCCAGGGUUCGCCAAGUGUGGUACCAGUGAGCCACAGAAGAUCGAUUUGGUGUCUGCGUUCCAAUCAUACGGUCAAUACAUCUCAAACCAGAUCACCGAGGAAGUUAGAGAAGAGAUUGUGUCGCACGCUUGUCCAGGUCCAGGUUCAUGUGGUGGUAUGUACACUGCCAACACCAUGGCCUCUGCAGCCGAGGUGUUGGGUAUGACUAUGCCAAACUCUUCGUCUGCAGUUGCAGUUUCAAAGGAGAAGCUUGAAGAAUGUGCCAACAUUGGUGAGGCAAUCAAGAACUUGAUUGCCUUGGACUUGAAACCAAGAGAUAUCAUGACAAAGGAAGCAUUCAAGAACGCAAUCACCUACGUCAUCGCCACUGGUGGUUCUACAAACGCCUGUCUCCAUUUGAUUGCCGUUGCUCACAGUGCCGGUGUCGAGCUUACAUUGGACGAGUUCCAGGCCAUUUCUGACAAGACUCCGUUCCUCGCUGACUUCAAGCCAUCUGGUAAGUACGUCAUGGCAGAGUUGGCUCAAUAUGGUGGUACACAGGCCGUGAUGAAGUACUUGCUCAGUGAAGGAAUGCUCAACGGUGACUGUUUGACCGUCACUGGUAAGACCAUGGCUGAGAACCUGGAGAAGUCCGAAGGCUUGCCAGAAGGCCAGCCAAUCAUCAGACCUGUUUCCAACCCAUUGAAGCCAAGAGGCCAUUUGCAAGUGCUAUAUGGUUCCUUGGCACCAGGUGGUUCCGUUGGUAAGAUCACCGGUAAGGAGGGUACCUAUUUCAAGGGUUCUGCUAGAGUGUUUGAAGAUGAGGCCUCUUUCAUCCAUGCCUUGGAGAGAGGUGAGAUCAAGAAGGGUGAAAAGACCGUCUGUAUCAUCAGAUACGAAGGUCCAAAGGGUGGUCCAGGUAUGCCUGAGAUGUUGAAGCCAUCCUCUGCAUUGAUGGGAUACGGUUUGGGUCAGGACGUUGCCCUUCUGACUGACGGUAGAUUCUCCGGUGGCUCUCACGGGUUCCUCAUUGGCCACGUUGUUCCAGAAGCUGCCGAGGGUGGUCCAAUUGGUUUGGUUAAGGACGGUGACAUCAUCGUCAUCGACUCUGACAACAACAAGAUCGACCUGCUUGUGAGCGAUGAAGAGCUCGCUGAGAGAAGAAAGUCAUGGGUCGCUCCUCCACCAAGAUACACCAGAGGUACCCUCUCGAAGUACGCAAAGCUGGUCUCCGACGCCUCCAAGGGCUGUGUCCUGGAUGCUGAUGCUUGA